AUUAGUCCUCCCCCAUUUGUAGACAGACAAGAGAAGCAAGCACAUCCACAAAAGUACAAAGUUUCUGCUCAGAGUGUGGGAGACAAAGAACUGCCAGGCCUACGUCACAAGAGAGAAAGAGAGAGAAGAUAAAGGACACAGACCGACUGGACUUGAUUUGAACUAAAACAAAGAAACAACAACUAAUCUAAGAUGGUGUCCGCUGGGAUGCAGAUGCUGGGUACAGCCCUGGGGCUCAUAGGCUGGAUUGGAGCCAUAGUAGUGUGCGCCAUGCCCAUGUGGCGAGUCUCAGCCUUCAUCGGCAGCAACAUUGUCACCUCGCAGACCAUCUGGGAAGGUAUCUGGAUGAACUGUGUGGUGCAGAGCACAGGCCAGAUGCAGUGCAAAAUCUACGACUCCAUGCUGGCCCUCAGCUCUGACCUCCAGGCGGCGAGAGCCCUGACCAUCCUCUCCAUCGUGGUGGGCAUCAUGGGCAUCCUGCUGUCCGUGGCCGGAGGGAAGUGCACCAACUGCGUUGAGGACGAGGCGUCCAAGGCUAAAGUGGGCGUGGCCUCCGGGGUGACGUUCAUUGUGGCCGGGGUGCUCUGUCUGAUCCCCGUCUGCUGGACAGCCAACACCGUCAUCCAGGACUUCUACAACCCGCUCCUGGUCAGCUCCCAGAAGAGAGAGCUCGGGGCCGCGCUCUACAUUGGGUGGGGGGCCGCCGCGCUCAUGCUCAUCGGAGGGGGCCUGCUGUGCUGCAACUGCCCUCCCAAAGAGGAUAAGUCCUACAACGCCAGAUAUAAGGCGGCUCCCAGGGCAGGACCCAGGUCUGAGAGCUCAGCACCUGCAUCUGGAAAGGACUAUGUGUGAACGGAUCAAGACUACUGAGGUCUGUCUUUGUGUACAGCUGAGAUCAGGCAGAACUGUGUAUUGAGGCCGUCAAACCCAACACUGCUUGAUAGGGGGAUGUGUUUUUUAGAGGAGCUUUGCAAUGAAAAACUCUGAGUUUGUGGGUUGAGUUAAAGUUACAGAAGCCACGCCUGAAAAAAAAGAACCGAAUGUUUUGUCUUCAGUUAUGUACUGGUAUAUUAUUAUAUUUGACAUUUUGUAUGGUGUGUAUGUAAAUACAUGUUUCUGUGUUUUGUACUUUUCACUGUUUAUCCUAAAUGUGUAAUCUUACCUUAUGAGGACUGUUUUCUUUUUACAACACACAACUAUUAAUUAAUAAAUACUUUUUAUUUUUA